GUCUCAGAAAAGUUUCCAUCUUUAAUAACCUUCUUGAGUAAUCUCAAUUCCAGGCUUUCAUUCGUUUCCAUGUCAUCAGCAAUUUAGUUCAUCUGAAAGGACAAAUAGCUAUUGGCUGUGGUAAUAACAGCAGGAGUAACAGAUGCAAAAAAACUAAGAAGAUAUGAAUUGUCUGCAGAAACAAACAAAAUAAAAUACAAGGUUUUCGACAUUCAGCAGCCAUGGAGAAACUAUGAUGCAGUAGUGUAUACAGAAGGUGGUUAUAAAGUAAACGUAUUGAAAGAAAAUCUUGGAGAGUAUGCCAUGAAAGAAAAUCUUGUAAUUUUGAUCACUGAUGGUCCAGACUCUGUCAUUUUGGAUUCGUCGAUGGAAAUUUUAAAGAAAUUUAAGAGUUUUGAUGCCCGUAUCGUCUUUGCUACCGAUAAUUCAUGUUGGCCUAAGAACAAACUAAAUUCACAAUAUCCUUCCGUUGGUACAUUUGACAAUAGAUUUCUUAGUGCAGGAGCUUUUAUUGGAUAUGCGAAAGAGAUAUUCAACAUGGUGAAUCAUCGACAGAUAAAUGAUAUGGAAAGUGACCAAUUGUAUUAUUCUGAAAUAUUUGUUGACAACGAGCUUCGAAGCAAAUGGAAUAUAAAGCUUGACAGGAAGACGUCUCUUUUUCAAAACAUGCGUGUAAACAAAGAAACAUUAGAGAUGAAACAUAGAGACUACAAUUACAUAUAUAACAGGAGAUUUACAACAAGACCAGUUAUUAUUUACGACAGUGGACCUAUUAAGGGUAAAUUUCUUAGAAUAGCUGACUACUUGACGGGUGCGUGGACAUCUAGUAGAGGAUGUAUUUCUUGUGCAAAGAACAGAAUAAAUCUAAAGAAAUUUGAGGAAGAUGCUUACCCUAAUGUUCAGUUAUCUGUUUUUAUCGACGAACCAACACCAUUCAUUACUGAGGCUUUGGAACUGAUUGGUGAUCUUGAUUAUCCAAAAUCAAAAAUGAAUUUAUUUGUAUAUGUACAUGAUGAAUUCCAUUAUAAAGAUGUUGAAAUAUUCAUUUCUAACGUUGGAUCGGAAUAUAACUCGAUGACAAUUGUCAACCAUGAAGAUAAAAUGUCCGUUUCACAAGCAAGAAAUUGGGCUUUCUAUGACGUUGUCUACCGAUUUUGA